AUGGAUAAUAUCAGUACUCCUGGUAGUCAACCACCCAAUUCUUCAAUUGUGGAACCUACAGUGGUGGAAGCCCAAACUGUUGAGGCUAAUAAUCAACAGAAUGAGCAACCUCCUGCUGCAGUUUCUGGGAAGAAGAGGAAAGAGGUUGAGUCCAGAUCCAGAGUAUGGGAUCAUUAUGUGAGAAUAAAAGACAGUAACAAUAUUACUAUACAAGCAAAGUGUGUUUAUUGUGCAAAAGUGUACAAGUGUGAGUCCAAGAGACAUGGUACAUCUUCCUUAAUAGCCCAUAUGCUAAGCUGUUUGAAAAACCCUCACUCCAAGGAUACUAGGCAGACCCUUUUAACCUUUCAAGCAGUUAAUACCCCUGAGUCAUCUGAAACUACUGUGGGAGAAAUUGGGUGCUGGGUAUUUAACCAAGACUUAAUUAGGAGGGCCUUGGUUAAAAUGAUAAUCAUAGAUGAACUGCCUUUUAGAUUUGUUGAGGGUUUAGGUUUCAGGAUGUUCAUUGCUGUUGCUUGCCCUAGGUUUAUAGUUCCAUCUAGAUGGACUAUAAGUAGGGACAUCCUAGUGGUCUAUGAAGAGGAGAGACUGAAAUUGAAGGCCUUUUUAAGGGAAACCAGUCAUAGGGUUAGCAUUACCACUGAUUCUUGGACAUCAAUCCAAAGGAUUAACUACAUGGUUGUGACUGCCCAUUUCAUUGAUUCAGAGUGGAAGCUGCAUAAAAAAAUCAUAGCCUUUGUCCCUGUUACCUCUCACAAAGGGGAGUAUCUUGCAAAAGCCCUAGAAACAUGUUUGCUGGAGUGGGGGCUUAGGAAUGUUUUUAGUGUUACUGUGGAUAAUGCCUCGUCUAAUGACACUGCUAUGGGGUUUCUUAAGAAAAAAAUUGUGUCUUGGGGUACAUCAACUGUGAAGGCUAAGUAUAUUCACAUGAGAUGCAUUGCCCAUAUCCUUAACUUGGUUGUUCAAGAUGGCUUGAAGGAGUGUGAUAGUUCUGUGAAAAAAGUUAGGGAGGUUGUUAGAUAUGUUAGGAAUUCACCUGCCAGGUUAAAGAAGUUCAGGGACUUGGCUGAUUUGUUAGGAAUUGAGCAAAGGUCUUCUUUGUGUCUAGAUAAAGUCUUUGAAUCUUGUGAAGAGUCUGAUAGUUCUUUCAAAUCUGACUUGGGUGAUUCUGUGCCUAAUUUUAUGGACUGGGAGUCUGUGAGCAGUUUGGUGGAGUUGUUGAAAUGUUUUUAUGAUAUGACAAUCAGAAUUUCUGGUUCUUUAUAUGUGACAGCUAACACAUUUUUCAGUGAGAUUUCUGAUUUGUAUUGUAUUUUAAAUGGAAUGGUGGAAGCUGGUGGGGCAGUGAGCUUAAUGGGGAGAAAUAUGAAAGCAAAAUUUGAGAAGUAUUGGGGUGAUAUAGACACGAUGAAUCUUAUGAUUUUCUUUGCAAACAUUCUAGACCCCAGGGAUAAAUUAGAGUAUAUGCCUACUCAAAUUAAUCAUAUGUAUGGUGAGGAGAAAGGUAAACCAUACUAUGUUAAAGUGCUUGCUGGUUUGAAUGAGUUAUUUGAUGAUUAUUCUAUUCUUGCCACUUCUUCUGUUUCUGGUUCUUCUGUGUCUGCUGCUGUUGGUAGUGCUUCUUCUGUGAGUUCUGUCAGUUUUGUGUCUGUUGGAAGGCCACAGCAUUUACUCAAGUCCCAAAUUAAAAAACAAAGAUUGGAAUCUGGGAGUAAGAAAAAAACUGAACUGGAUAUCUACUUGAGUGAGGCAAUAGUUGAGGAGGAAAACUCCUUUGAUAUUCUGAGAUGGUGGAAGAUAAAUGCUGAGAGGUUUCCCAUCCUUUCUAAGCUUGCUAGGGAUGUCCUAGCUAUUCCAAUCUCAAUUGUUGCCUCUGAGUCUGCCUUCAGUACAUCUGGGAGAGUAUUGGAUCCUUUUAGGAGUUCAUUAACUCCAAAAAUUGUGGAAGCUUUGAACUUGAGAGGUUUGAAAAAAGAGUUAGUUGAUGGUGGAAGUGGAAGGAAUUUUGAUCCUACACUGGCUACAAUUCCUGAAGAAGAGUAG